UUCAUACAAAUGUUAUAGAUGCAAUUUCAACUAAUUAAAAUCAUCACAUGUUAUGGCAUUCAACAAUGUUUUUCUUCUCUGCCUCUUUAAUCUAAUAAUUAUUAUUACUACCAUAGUGACAUUGAAAAGUACUUUCUCAGAAGCUAAUUCUCGCAAUAUUUUUGAUGUUACUUCAUUGAAUCGAAGUAGUUUUCCUAAAGACUUCAUCUUUGGAACAUCAACCUCAGCAUACCAGUACGAAGGUGCUGCAAAAGAAGAUGGCAAAGGAACAAGUACAUGGGAUACCUUUACUCACAAAUAUCCAGAUAAAAUAAUCGACAGAAGCAAUGGAGAUGUUGCUAUUGACGGAUAUCAUCGGUACAAGGAAGAUGUUGAGAUCAUGAAGUAUAUGAAUUUAGAUGCAUACAGAUUAUCCCUCUCCUGGUCUAGAAUACUACCAAAUGGAAGGAUAAGUGGAGGUAUAAAUCAGGAAGGGAUCAGAUAUUACAACAACUACAUCAAUGAGCUAAUAGUUAAUGGUUUAGAAGUAUUUGUCACCCUUUUUCAUUUUGAUCUACCACAAGCCUUAGAAGAUGAGUAUGGAGGUUUCUUAAGUCCUCAAAUAGUAUUUGAUUUUCGGGAUUACGCGGAGCUUUGCUUCAAGGAGUUUGGAGAUAGAGUGAAGUAUUGGAUUACCCUGAAUGAGCCGUCCACUUACACAACAGCUGGGUAUGUUAUAGGGAUGUUUCCACCUGGUAGAUGUUCUGAUUGGCAAAACCUCAAUUGCACCAGCGGUGAUUCGGGGACAGAGCCCUAUUUAGUUGCACAUCACUUGCUCCUUGCUCAUGCAGCUGCUGUUCAAGUUUACAAGACAAAAUAUCAGGUACCGUUGUUACUUAAAAGCCAAACCACAUCUCAAAUGGGUUGGAUAGGAAUAGCCUUACAAUCCUUCUGGUUUGUGCCGUUCUCAAAUAGCAAAUCUGAUGAAAGAGCUGCAGAGCGAUCAAUUGGCUUCAUGCUUGGAUGGUUAGUAGCUCACUGUACAGUGUACACUCGCUCUACAUAUGAAAUUAUGAACUUAACACCACUUAAUUAUAUUAAAAAGAAAAAACAAAUGGAGCAUGAUUUACAAAACCAUUUUCAUUUUUCGUUUCUAGCGCCAUUGACAACCGGAGACUACCCACAACAUAUGCGAUCCUUGGUUGGACGAAGAUUGCCAAAGUUCUCUGAAGAUCAAGCCAGGCUAAUCAAUGGUUCUUUUGAUUUUAUUGGACUAAACUACUACACAUCUAGAUAUGCUGCUGAUGCACCUCAUUUAAACAAUACUAGACCUUGUUAUCUCACAGAUUCUCUUGCCAAUGUUACAACUGAGCGUAACGGGAUACCUAUAGGUCCAAAGGCUGCUUCAGAUUGGUUUUAUAGUUAUCCAAUGGGAUUUACGAAACUAUUGGUCUACGUCAAGGAAAAGUACAACAAUCCUUUGAUUUACGUCAUGGAAAAUGGUAUAGAUGAGAAUAAUGAUCCAACACUGUCAUUGGAUGAAGCACUAAAUGAUAUUCACAGAAUCAAAUAUUAUUAUGACCAUCUCUUAUAUCUUCAAUCAGCAAUUAGGAUCGGCGUAAAUGUAAAAGGAUAUUUUGUGUGGUCUUUAUUGGACAAUUUCGAAUGGGCUGAAGGGUACACAGUGAGAUUUGGGGUGAACUUUGUAGAUUACAACGAUAACUUGAAAAGAUAUCACAAGCUCUCAGCACAAUGGUUCAAGAAUUUUCUUAAGAGACCUUAGACUUUCUAAUAUUUAUAUGUAUGUAUCUUGUUACGAUAAGUAAUGUAACAAGAUUUAUAAAAGAAUCAUAUAUGAAGUAGUUACAUGUGAUUGUUC